AUGACAAUUCCUAAAGAAAGUUGGUGGAAAGAUUCAGUCGUUUACCAGGUUUGGCCUGCUUCAUUCAAAGACUCAAAUGGUGACGGUAUAGGUGAUAUUCCGGGGUUGAUUUCAAAGCUGGAUCACAUCAAAGAAAUUGGUGCUGAUGUGGUUUGGCUUUCUCCUCAUUAUGAAUCUCCCAUGGACGAUAUGGGGUAUGACAUCUCAAAUUACAAUGCCAUAUAUGAAAAGUUUGGUACGAUGGAUGACAUGGAUAAGCUGAUUGAGGAGAUCCAUAAACGUGAUAUGAAGUUGAUUCUCGAUUUGGUCAUCAACCAUACUUCUUCCGAGCAUGCUUGGUUCAAAGAGUCGCGUUCUUCGAAGGAUAACUCCAAGAGAGAUUGGUACAUUUGGAAGGAUGAGCGCAAUAAUUGGAUGUCCCACUUCUCUGGCUCCGCCUGGGAAUAUGACGAGACAACUGGUCAAUAUUACCUACGCCAGUUCGCAAGAACCCAACCUGAUUUGAACUGGGAGAAUCCAGAGACUCGUCAAGCCAUCUAUGAUUCUGCUUUGGAUUACUGGUUCAAGAAGGGAGUCAAUGGGUUCAGAAUUGAUACAGCUGGAAUGUAUUCAAAAGUACAAUCAUUCCCAGAUGCACCAAUUGUGUUUCCAGAUUCAAAAUGGCAGCCUGCUGGGGCUCUUUCAAACUCUGGUCCUCGUAUCCAUGAAUUCCACAAGGAAAUGUACGAGAAAGUUACAUCCAAAUAUGAUGCAAUGACAGUCGGUGAAGUUGGUCAUUGUUCCAAGGAAGAUGCUCUCAAAUACGUCAGUGCAAAGGAAAAAGAAAUGAAUAUGAUGUUCCUUUUUGACACUGUUGAUGUGGGCUCAAACAAGGGUGACAGAUUCCGUUAUGACGGCUGGACUUUGAAGGAUUUCAAAGAUGCCAUUCAAAAUCAGUGCUCAUUUAUCAUUGACGAUGAAACUGGUGAGCGUAAUGAUGCUUGGUCAACGGUUUUUAUUGAGAACCAUGAUCAACCACGUUGCGUGACCCGUUUCGGUAACACCUCUACUGAGGAGUUACGGAAUCGUUCUGCAAAGAUGUUGGCCUUGCUUCAAGUGUCUCUAACUGGUACACUCUUCAUCUACCAAGGCCAAGAGAUUGGAAUGACCAAUGUUCCAAGAAGUUGGGACAUUAGGGAGUACCUCGACAUCAACACCAUCAACUACUGGGCGGCCUUUAACGAAAAGGACCACACUGAAGAAGAAAAGACAAAGCUCUUGGAUAUUAUCAAUCUUUUGGCGCGUGACAACGCCAGAACACCAGUUCAGUGGGACUCGUCAGCAAACGGUGGGUUCACCACUGGUAAGCCCUGGAUGAAGGUCAACGAUAACUAUCCUGACAUCAACGUUGAAUCUCAAAAGAAUGACCCGGACUCCGUUCUCUCCUUCUACAAGAGAGCCAUAGGUGUCAGAAAGCAAUACAGAGACUUGAUGGUGGAUGGUGACUUUGAAAUUGUCGAUUACCACAACGACAAGGUUUUCAGAUUCACAAAGUCAAAGGGUACCAAGAAGAUUGAUGUCAUCCUCAACUUUUCAAACGAAGAACAGGACGUUGAUUACGAUGGGGAGGUGAUCCUGUCCAACAUGCAAGGUUUUGAAGGUAAGCUGGCACCUUACGAGGCCAAGCUUGUUCUUGUUUCUGAUUGA